AACACUAACAUCAGUCAGCGCUCAGCUCUUGGAGGAAAAGUUUGACCUGUUGAGGUGGAAACAGAACAACUAAACUGAGCUGAUCUCAGUUCUCCAUUACGACUGGCAUACUGUUACUAGCAACUUUAGCAGAAUUUCAACACUCAUUUGGUCAGUUCAGAGGAAGUGAACAAACACAGGAAGAGCUGGGAGUGUUUAAAGAAAGAGUUGAGAUCAUAUAAUAAAGAGAAAGACUGAGAGAAAGAGAAAAUGUCUGAUGAGCGUCAUCUGUGUCUGCUGGGACUGAUCUUUCUCUCUUCACUUCUCACAGGUAUCAGUGGAGUGGAUGAUGUUCAUGUGUUCAUCAGUUCUGGUGAAGAUGUCCGUCUGCCCUGUAAUAAUGCUCUUCAGGACUGUACAUCAACUACAUGGAACUAUAACAGAUUCAGGCAUUCAACAACAGUUGAACUGAUUGGUUUAGGGAGAAAGAAAGACACAGAGAGACAUGAGAGACUGAGUCUGGGGUCUGACUGCUCUCUGAACAUCAGGAACAUCUCAACAGAAGAUUCUGGAUCUUACAUCUGCCAACAAUGGACUGGUGAGGGUAAAGAACAACAAGAACCUGAUGCUCGUGUUUAUCUGCAUGUUCUUCAUGUCUCAUCCUCACACACUGAGAUCAGUGCAGGUCUCUCUGUGACUCUCUCCUGUCAGUUGUAUUCAUAUCAUCGAGGCUCUUGUGAUGAUUCAGACGAUUCUGAGAGAAUUGAUCUGUUCUGGGUGAAUCAGGCUGGUGUUAAACUGACGAGAUCAGACUCCAGAUAUCAGAUAUCAUCCUCAUCAGAUCCCUGUAUCAUCUCUCUGACUACAACACUCCUGAAUGAAGAUGACAACAGAGACUGGAGAUGUAAUGUUACUCACAGAGAUCAAGUCAAGACCUCAGUCACAUACACUGUCAAGAGUUCAGCUCGAGCUGAUACAACGACAGAACCAUCUCAUACAAAAGUCGCAGUGAUUUCUGUGUCUGUCGCUGCGAUCGCUGUUCUUCUGGCUGCUGUUCUCUGGCUGAUCUGGAGAAAAAGAGCUGAUAGUGACAGAGGGACUGGUGAAGCGGUGGUUAAAGAUGAGAAUGAUGAUAAAAAGACGUAUGAGACGAUCAACAUGGACACUCCUGCUGCUGCGAGAGAGCAUGAGCGGACAGAUGAUGUGACUUACUCUGAAGUCUCCUCUACCAGUAAAAAGCCUGUGAAAUCACUCAAAGAUCAUACUGACACAGUGACUUACGCUACCAUCAGAUGAACAGAAUAUGAAGCACAGGAUGAACUUUAGAAGAACAAGAGCUUCACAAAUAGACAUUCAUUAAAGCAGAUCACUGCAUGAGCUCCUCGUAUCUGCAUCAGACGAGACGUUUUCCACCACUGCUGAGAUGCAUGGCUCUGCUGUUUGGAAGAAUUAGACGUGUGUCAACGAACAGAACUUUAUCAGAUAGUUGUUGAAUUCAAAGUCCUGUAAAAAUGUUUUUCAGAUUUUUUUAAUUGAAUGCAGUAGAGGCUACUCUUUGCUUCCAGCAUGUGUAUAGGCUGUUUUAUGAAGAAAAAGUUAUCAAGUCAAAGCCAGAUUUACCUCUUAUUGUGAAAUAUUACCACCCCAAAACAGCAAAGAAACAAGUUAUUCAGCUUGCAUUCAGUCUCUGAAGAUUGAAUGUAGUUCUUCACUCUCUUGAGAACGGAGGAAGAUGUUUCAUUACUCUCAUUGCUGAUUCCAUUAUGUUAUUUUAGAGCAAAUAAAAGAUGCUUGAGCU